CGCCGGCGCUGCGCGAGGCGAUGGCGGAGCCCGGCGCGCCGGGGCGGGAGGAGCUCGGCGCCGCCGCCUCUGCCGACCAGGAGCCGCCUCCCGCCGCCUCGUCCCCCUCGGGGGAUGGAGCGGCGGCGGAGGAGGAGGAGCCGGCGGCCGCCGGGGUGGGAGGCGAAGGCGAGGCGGGAGAAGCCGGCGAGGGCGGCGAGCCCAAGGCGGAGGCGCUGGACGGAGAGGUGAGGAGCGCGGAGGGCGAGGCGGUGGACGGAGACGACCCCAGCCUGCAGCCGUCCGCCGCCAAGAAGGUGAAGCUGGAGCUGAAGGAGAGGAAGGAGAAGAAGCAGAAAGUGGACGAGGACGAGAUCCAGAAGAUGCAGAUCCUGGUCUCCUCCUUCUCCGAGGAGCAGCUGAACCGCUACGAGAUGUAUCGGCGCUCGGCCUUCCCCAAGGCGGCCAUCAAAAGGCUGAUCCAGUCCAUCACUGGCACCUCAGUCUCCCAGAACGUGGUGAUUGCCAUGUCAGGCAUCUCCAAGGUCUUCGUGGGGGAGGUGGUUGAAGAAGCCCUGGAUGUGUGUGAGAAGUGGGGGGAGCUGCCCCCCCUGCAGCCCAAGCACAUGCGGGAGGCUGUCCGCAGGCUGAAGGCUCGAGGGCAGAUCCCCAACUCCAAGUACAAGAAGAUCAUCUUCCACUGAGGGACCAGGGGCUGGAGGGGAAGACAGCUCCUGCUGCCACCCUCCCUCCUGCAGCUCCUGCAGGGCUGUGGCUGUGAGAGAAGUGACUGCAGGGAGGCUUCCUGCUGAGCUCUGCCCUGGAGCCCAGCAUGGGGCAGGAGCCACAUCCCUGAGGUGGAGACGUAGGCUCCUCAGGCUCAGCAGAGCAGGAGGAGGAAGGCUCAAGGCCUCCAGAGCUCACCCCCAGGUGCUUCCUGCAGAGAAGUGUCUGGUUCUGUACAUUAAAUCUGUUCUGGUCUCACCC